AUGGCAGCCAUCCGCGUCGCUCCCACGCGAGCCCAACGAGCCGUCAAACUCCUCCGCACCAUCAACUCCGGCACGAGCUCAUGUCCGUGCCACUCCAACCCGGCACACCACCACCAUGGCCCCGUCAACCCCUUCGCUGGGCGUAAGCGGUCGCUGGCCACGCCCGUGGACAUGAGCCAGCAGAAAGAGUACGCGUUCGAGAUGGCGGCGUCGUCGAUCAGGUUUGGACCUGGUGUGACGAAGGAGGUGGGGAUGGACUUUAAGAACAUGGGUGCGAAGAAGGUCAUGGUUGUUACGGACGGGACGGUGCAGAAGCUGGAUGCUAUGAAGCAGGUGCAAGAAGGAUUGGAGCGUGAGGGUAUCCCGUAUGAGGUCUACAGCAAGUCAAGGGUGGAACCCAAGGACUAUUCCAUUCGAGAAGCAAUCGACUUUGCGAAGCCAUACCAACCAGACGCUUUUCUGGCAGUAGGAGGCGGAAGUGUGAUUGAUACGGCAAAGCUAAUGAACCUCUACACCACAUUCCCCGAAGCUGAAUUCCUCGACUUCGUAAACGCUCCGUUAGGCAAAGGCAAGCCCAUCACCGCAAAGCUGAAGCCUCUCAUCGCCGUCCCUACCACCGCUGGCACUGGCUCUGAAACCACCGGAACCGCCAUCUUCGACCUCGUCGAUAAGAAGGCUAAGACCGGCAUCGCGCAUCGUAACCUCAAGCCCACGCUCGGUAUCUGCGACCCCAUCAACACCCGCACAAUGCCUUCCGCCGUCCACGCCUCCUCCGGUCUCGACGUACUCUGCCACAGCUUAGAAUCCUGGACCGCUAUCCCCUACAACGAGCGAGUUCCACGUCCAACCAACCCAAUCAACCGACCAGCCUACCAAGGCGCCAACCCCAUCUCCGACAUCUUCUCCCUCCAAGCCCUGCGCGAUACGAUCAAGUACCUCCCACGCGCGGUCAAGGAUCCCGAUGACUGGGAAGCUCAGAGCAAGAUGCUGCUCGCCGCUACUCUCGCCGGCGUCGGUUUCGGCAACGCAGGCGUGCAUCUCUGCCACGGCAUGUCCUAUCCCAUAUCCUCGCAGAACCCGGGCUACCAGCACUCGGGCUACUUGGUCGACUCACCCAUCAUCCCGCACGGUGUCUCUGUCGCCGUGACCGCACCAGCCGUCUUCCGCUUCACGGGCGCCUCGAAUCCGGAACGCCAUUUGCAAGCUGCAGAGUGCUUCGGCGUGGACAUCAGCAACGUCAAGAAGGAAUCGGCCGGUGAAGUGCUGAGUGAGGCGCUUGCAAACUUCUUGGUCGGGCUCGGAGACCAGCCGAGAGGACUGAAGGCACUGGGCUUCAACAACGGCCACGUGAAUGGUUUGGUGGAGGGCACGAUUCCGCAGGCGAGAGUGUUGAUGUUGGCGCCGAAUCUGGAUACGAGCGGUGGGCAGGAGGAGAGGGAGCAGUUGACGGGGUUGUUUGAGGAGGCUAUGGAGUAUUAA